UUCCUCGUCGCCGCGGCGGCAGCGGCGGGGCUGGCGGCGCUCAGUCGUGCCUCAGAGGAAGUGACCACAGCUGACAAGCAAAAGGAAGGAUACAUGACUUGCUGAAAAGAGAGAAAAUGCUAUGCUGGGGCUACUCGUCUUAUGGACAACCUGGGAUAGGUAGCAACUUCCAGGUCAUCAUUCCUGAACCACAGGUGUAUGGGUUCAUCCACGACAGAAAUGUCAAGGAGGUGGCAUGUGGAGGAAACCACUCUGUGUUCCUGUUGGAAGAUGGGGAGGUGUAUACCUGUGGCUUGAACACCAAAGGUCAACUGGGACAUGACUGUGAAGGAAGCAAGCCGGAGCAAAUCGGGGCGCUGGCGGGGCAGCACAUCGUGCAUGUGGCCUGUGGGGAGUCGCACAGCGUGGCCCUCAGCGACCAGGGCCAGCUCUUCUCCUGGGGCGCCGGCAGCGACGGACAACUGGGGCUCACCACCAUAGAGGAUGCAGUGACAGUGCCAAGGUUGAUAAAGAAAUUGAACCAACAGACGAUACUGCAGGUUUCCUGUGGGAAUUGGCAUUGCCUGGCUCUGGCAGCAGAUGGCCAGUUCUUCACCUGGGGGCAGAACAGCUAUGGUCAGCUGGGCUUGGGCAAAGAAUGUCCCUCCCAAGCCAGUCCACAGCGUGUCAAGUCUCUAGACGGGAUCCCUUUGGCUCAGGUUGCUGCAGGUGGAGCCCACAGUUUUGCCCUUUCUCUCUCAGGAGCUGUGUUUGGCUGGGGGAAGAACAGCUCAGGACAGCUGGGACUAAGUGAUGAACGAGACCGAGAGUCCCCUUGCCACGUGAAGCUGCUGCGGUCUCAGAAGGUUGUGUACAUCAGCUGUGGAGAGGAACACACAGCAGUCCUGACAAAGAGUGGAGGAGUGUUCACCUUUGGUGCGGGCUCCUGCGGGCAGCUGGGCCAUGACUCCAUGAAUGAUGAGGUGAACCCCCGAAGAGUUCUUGAGCUCAUGGGCAGUGAGGUAUCCCAGAUUGCUUGUGGCAGACAUCACACUUUAGCCUUUGUGCCUUCUUCAGGAAUGAUCUAUGCAUUUGGCUGUGGAACAAGAGGCCAACUGGGAACAGGGCACACUUGCAAUGUAAAGUGUCCCUCUCCUGUCAAGGGCCACUGGGCAGCUCAUAAUGGGCAACUCUCAGGGAAACCUGAUGCCUGUAAAUACCACAUUGUUAAACAUAUCUUCUCUGGAGGAGACCAAACAUUUGUACUUUGCUCCAAAUACGAGAAUUCCUUGCCUGCUGAUGAUUUCCGGACCAUAAAUGAAACACGUUACACCUGUUUAAUAAAUGAUGAAACUAUAGAUGUCUGGAGGCAAAAGCUUUUAGAAAAGAACAGUUCUAAUUCUGUCAAUAAUGUUGUUCAGAUACUGUCCUCAGCUGCCUGCUGGAAUGGAAGCUUCUUGGAGAAGAAAAUUGAUGAACAUUUUAAAACCAGUCCAAAGAUCCCAGGGAUUGAUCUGAACUCCACAAGAGUGCUGUUUGAGAAGCUGAUGAACUCCCAGCACUCCAUUCUCCUAGAGCAGAUACUGAAGAGCUUUGAAAGUUUUUUGAUUCCUCAGCUGUCUAGCUCUCCACCAGAUGUUGAGGCAAUGAGGAUCUAUCUGAUUCUCCCAGAAUUCCCACCAUUCCAAGACUCCAAGUAUUACAUCUCUCUGACACUUCCUUUAGCAAUGGCUAUUUUACGCCUGGAUACCAACCCCAGCAAAGUGCUUGAUAACUGGUGGUCUCAGGUGUGCCCAAGAUACUUUCUCAGACUUGUGGACCUCUAUAAAGGUGCAGUGGUUUACCUCCUCAGUGGAAGGAAGACACUGCUGAUCCCAGUCCUGUUCAGCAGCUACAUUACAGCUGCUCUCAGGCUUCUGGAGAAACUCCACAAGGUGAAUCAGAAGGUUAAACAUGUGGAAUAUGAUAAGUUUUAUAUCCCUGAGAUUUCCAGCUUGGUGGACAUUCAGGAGGAUUAUCUCAUGUGGUUUUUGCACCAGGCUGGAAUGAAAGUAAGGCCAUCCAUCAUGCAGGAUGCUGUGACUCUCUGCUCUUACCCUUUCAUCUUUGAUGCUCAAGCUAAGACCAAGAUGUUACAGACAGAUGCAGAAUUACAGAUGCAGGUUGCAAUAAAUGGUGCGAAUUUGCAGAAUGUCUUCAUGCUUCUCACUCUGGAGCCUCUGCUGGCCAGAAGCCCUUUCCUGGUACUUCAUGUUCGCAGGAGUAACUUGGUUGGUGAUGCUUUAAGGGAGUUGAGCAUCCAUUCAGACAUUGAUUUGAAAAAACCUCUCAAAGUCAUCUUUGAUGGUGAGGAAGCUGUUGAUGCUGGAGGAGUAACAAAGGAAUUUUUCCUCCUGUUGUUAAAAGAACUACUCAACCCUAUCUAUGGCAUGUUCACUUACUACCCAGAGUCAAACCUGCUGUGGUUUUCAGACACGUGUUUUGUAGAACACAACUGGUUUCACUUGAUUGGCAUCAUAUGUGGUCUUGCAAUCUACAAUUUCACAGUGGUAGACCUUCACUUUCCCUUGGCUCUGUACAAAAAACUUUUGAAUGUGAAACCUUGCCUAGAGGAUUUGAAGGAGCUGUCCCCUACGGAAGGAAGGAGUCUUCAGCAACUUUUAGAUUACCCUGGGGAAGAUGUGGAGGAGACAUUCUGUUUGAAUUUUACAAUCUGCAGGGAAAGCUAUGGUGUGACAGAGCAGAAGAACCUGGUUGAAGAUGGAGAUAAAAUCCUGGUGCAGAAAGACAACAGGGAAGAGUUUGUUGAAGCCUACGUGAAUUACAUCUUCAACCUCUCCAUCCAAGAGUGGUACACAGCCUUUUCUACUGGCUUCCUGAAAGUGUGUGGUGGGAAAGUUCUGGAACUCUUCCAGCCCACAGAGCUCAGGGCCAUGAUAGUUGGAAACAGUAACUACAACUGGGAGGAACUGGAGGAGAGCGCUGUCUAUAAGGGAGACUACACUGCCACACACCCAACUGUGAGAAUGUUCUGGGAGACCUUCCAUGCAUUUCCCUUGGAAAAGAAGAAGAAAUUUCUCUUGUUCCUGACGGGCAGUGACCGCAUUCCCAUCUACGGCAUGUCCAGCCUGCGCAUCAUCAUCCAGUCGACGCCCAGCGGGGAGCAGUACCUGCCCGUGGCCCACACCUGCUACAACCUGCUGGACCUGCCCAAGUACAGCAGCAAGGAGAUCCUCAGCGCCCGCCUCGUGCAGGCCAUCGACCACUACGAGGGCUUCAGCUUGGCCUGACACAGACUGUGUGCUGAGCAAGAGAACGAUGGGCUUGGGCUUUAUUUUUGUAAGGGAAUAGAUCUCAUUUUUUUUUUUUUUGGGGGGGUAAAUAGUAAUA